CUGGAUCACUCUCUUCACUUGCCAACUCUUAAUCAAGUCCCAUCCAUGUCAAAGCCUUCUCCUCCCAUCACCAUUCAACAUUCAACAGUUGCCCCAAAUCAUGCCCUCAAUUUACACUUUCCACCCCAUUUCAGGAAACCCGGCCUCAGAGUCCUCUGCUGCUCACCACCAUCAACCCGGAGCCCGAAUCUCCGGCAGAUCCUCCGGAGUAUACCCGACUGGGCCGACGGAAUCAAAGAGAGCCGCAUGCAGCAGAAGCGGUCCCUCUACAAGCACGACGAUUGGUUGCAACACAGGAGCUCUCUGAGGCAUCUCAGGCAUAUGUCGACCAUCUUGACCUCUAGGGUUAUUUUGUCACUGGUGCCUCCGGUGACCGCCCUUACAUCGGUGGCAGCCAUUGUUGCCUCUUACAACUCGGCCGUCGAGCUGAAAUGGUUGCCGGAGGUUUUCCCGGUGUUAAGGUCGUCUUCCUUGCCUUACCAGUUGACUGCUCCAGCUCUGGCGCUUCUUCUAGUUUUCCGUACAGAGGCUUCAUACUCGAGGCUAGAAGAGGGGAGGAAGGCUUGGAGUAAGGUGAUUGCAGGGGCGAGUGAUUUGGCAAGGCAAGUGAUUGGUGUUGUUGAGAGUAAAAGCGAUGCAUUGCUCAAGAAGGCAGUGUUGCAGUAUAUCAUGGCCUUUCCAGUUGCUCUUAAGUGCCACUUGGUGUAUGGCUCAGAUAUGGCAAGUGACCUAAAAAGCUUUCUUGAGGCUGAGGAUCUAGCAGUAGUUCUUAGUUCAAAACAUCGCCCACACUGCAUCAUUGACUUUAUCUCCCAGUGCAUUCUAUCUCUAAAUCUAGAGGAAACAAAGCUGCAGCUGCUGGAGUCAAAGGUUUCGUGUUUCCACGAAGGGGUUGGUGUUUGUGAACAGCUCAUGGGUAUACCCAUCCCACUGUCGUACACCAGACUAACCUCAAGGUUUUUAGUCCUUUGGCAUCUUUCGCUCCCCAUUAUACUUUGGGAUGACUGCCACUGGAUAGUGGUCCCUGCUACUUUCAUCAGUGCAGCUUCUCUCUUCUGUAUCGAAGAGGUUGGUGUUCUUAUCGAAGAGCCGUUUCCCAUGCUUCCACUGGACGAGCUAUGCAAUGUGCUUCAUGACUGCAUCAGGGAAUCAAUGGCGAAUGAGAAAGCAAUUGAAGCAAUCAUCAAUUCAAAACAAAAGACAUGGGAUAAAGAACACUGUCCAAAUGGAUGCCCAAACUCACAGUCACAGAACUGACCUAGACUGUACAUAAGAUUAGAAGAAAGUUUUUUUUCUGAGCGUCAUGGUCUCAUGGAUGGGCUAGUAAAUAGUACUUUCAUGUCCAGUGUACAUAUGUCUAAACAUAAGAGGCUGCUGCAAUAGUGUAACGUAAGCGGAUGCCUUUUUGGGCACUGCGUAGGCGGAAUGAUGUCUGUAUAUUUAACUAUUUAAGCAUAGAGUAGUCUUCUUGUCCAGCCGGCCUGACGGGAACCGCCGUCCGGCCGAGGCCAUUUCGGGCACUUCCCGAUGGAAUUUUUUGAUGAAAUUUUUUGAGCAUGUUCUUCAUGAAGUCUAGUUUAUCCAUACCAAAUUUCAGUUCAAAAUUCGAUCGGGAAGGCAUUCAAAUAAUUUUGUGAAGUUAACUGGGCAGUUUAUAUGUUCA